CAGAGUGUCCUCACUGAACCUGUCUGAAGCUCUGAAAAGAGGAGCUGCGAAUUCCUCUUUCUAACACCAAUACUCCGGAUAGAAGAUAGGACACAAACUCUCUAGACCCUGCACAAUUGCUCUGAGAAGUCCCCACUCCUGAAGCCAUUAGGCUUUGAAGCUGAGUGUCUGAGCAUUCUGUUCUGGGAGUUAUAUCAAGGCUGAGCAUUCAGCUCCGGGAAUCAGCUCAAAGUUUCCAGGCUUGGCUGCAGCAUGCUCCGAGGUAGAUCUCUGUCUGUGACUUCCCUGAGUGGCCUGCCUAGGUGGGAAGUUGAGGAACUUCCUGUGGAAGACUUGCUGCUCUUCGAAAUCUCCUGGGAAGUAACCAAUAAAGUGGGGGGCAUCUACACUGUGAUUCAGACCAAAGCCAAAACCACUGCAGAUGAAUGGGGAUACAAUUUCUUUAUGAUUGGUCCUUACUUUGAGCACAAUAUGAAGGGACUCAGGGUGGAGCAUUGUGAGCCGGUCACUGAGGCUGUCAAACAAGCAGUGGAGAACAUGAAUAAACAUGGUUGCCAAUGGUUGAUAGAAGGGAGCCCUUAUGUGAUACUUUUCGACAUAGGCUACUCCUUCGAAUCUCGACGGUGGAGAAAGGAUGAUUUCUGUGGAGCAUGCAGUGUGGGUAUCCCUUAUCAGGACCGAGCCAAUGAUAUGCUGAUAUUGGAUCUCCUGACGGCCUGGUUCUUAAGAGAGGUGACAGAUCAUGUAAAUGGGGAAACAUGUCAUUGCUCAUUCCACGAGUGGCAGGGAACUGGACUGAUCCUGUCUCGAGCGAAGCUUCCCAUCGCCACAAAUUUUACCACCCACGCCACACUGUUGGGGCGGUAUCUGUGCGCAGCAAACAUCGAUUUCUACAAUCAUCUUGAUAAGUUUAACAUAGACAAGGAAGCAGGGGAAAGACAGAUCUACCACCGGUACUGCAUGGAGCGAGCUUCUGUCCACUGUGCCCAUGUGUUUACCACAGUUUCGGAAAUAACAGCCAUCGAGGCAGAACAUAUGCUGAAGCGAAAGCCUGAUGUAGUUACUCCAAAUGGCUUGAGUGUUAAGAAAUUUUCAGCAGUGCAUGAAUUUCAAAAUCUCCAUGCCAUGUACAAAGCCAAGAUCCAAGAUUUUGUUAGAGGUCAUUUCUAUGGUCAUCUGGACUUUGAUCUAGAAAAGACUUUGUUUCUUUUCAUCGCUGGGAGGUAUGAGUUCUCCAACAAAGGAGCAGACAUCUUCCUGGAAUCUUUAUCUAGACUCAAUUUCCUGCUGAGGAUGCACAAAAGUGACGUCACAGUGGUGGUGUUUUUUAUCAUGCCUGCCAAAACCAAUAAUUUCAAUGUGGAAACCCUGAAAGGCCAGGCAGUGCGCAAGCAGCUCUGGGACACUGCACAUGCCCUGAAGGAAAAGUUUGGAAAGAAGCUCUAUGACGCGUUAUUAAAAGGAGAAGUACCUGACAUGAACAAUAUUUUGGAUAGAGAUGAUAUAACAAUUAUGAAAAGAGCCAUCUUUUCAACUCAGCGACAUUCCCUCCCUCCAGUGACCACUCACAUGAUCGACGACUCCACUGAUCCCAUCCUUAGCACCAUUCGCCGCAUUGGGCUCUUCAACAGUCGCACAGACAGAGUCAAGGUGAUUUUACACCCUGAGUUCCUCUCUUCCACCAGUCCCUUAUUGCCCAUGGAUUAUGAAGAGUUUGUCCGAGGUUGUCAUCUUGGAGUAUUUCCAUCAUACUAUGAGCCCUGGGGUUAUACUCCAGCUGAAUGUACUGUGAUGGGCAUCCCCAGUGUGACCACCAACCUCUCUGGCUUUGGCUGCUUCGUGCAGGAGCAUGUGGCUGACCCUACAGCUUAUGGUAUCUACAUCGUGGACAGGCGCUUUCGCUCACCAGAUGAUUCUUGCAAUCAGCUGACUCAGUUUCUCUAUGGGUUUUGCAAACAGUCACGCCGCCAGAGAAUUAUACAAAGGAACAGGACUGAGAGGCUUUCUGAUCUUCUGGAUUGGAGAUACUUAGGCAGAUAUUACCAGCAUGCUAGGCACCUGACAUUAAGCAGAGCUUUUCCAGAAAAAUUCAAUAUGGAACCCACAUCACCACCAACGACUGAAGGAUUUAAAUUCCCCAGACCCUCCUCAGUGCCACCUUCUCCCUCAGGCUCUCAAGUCUCCAGCCUUCAAAGCAGUGAUGCGGAGGAUGAAAAUGAAGAUGAAAGAUACAAUGAGGAAGAGGAGGCAGAAAGGGAUCGGCUGAAUAUCAAGAAUCCAUUUGCUCUGGGAAAUGUUCCUCCUGGAAAGAAAAAGCUACAUGGUGAAUACAAGAACUGAACCCCACACUUGUUAAACAAAGCUAAUUUAGUAGGAAUAUACUGAGAAUUCUGUAGAGAAAUGAAAAUGCCCUCAGUUUGAUUUUUCUUCUUUCAAGUAUUCUUAGGAAAUUUGUUCUCUGCCAGUAACUGGAGAUUAGAAUCAGUUUUGUAAUUUGUAAAACAUUCCAAGUCAUUUCCCCUAACUCUUUUCCUUUAAGAAUAUUAAAUGAGGCAUGAGGAAAAAUGUUCA